ACUGAAUGAUUCUGUAAUUGUGACUUGAGUGAAUCUUUUUUAAUUUGUUUCUAAAUCAAUUAAACUAAUUGAUUGGUUUUUCUCUUUUUUAAUUACAGUAAUUCUAUACUGUUAAUCUAAUAUCUAUACUCAACUAUUCUCAGAUCAACUGAUUGAAAGGGUUACAUCAAUCGAACCAUUUUAACAACAAGUGUUUGUUUGUUUUCUGUUGAACGAGGAGCAAAAAAGCUGAAAACAAGAGAUUGAUCCUUAAUAUUGAAACCUCUUUCUCUUUUCUUUCUCUUCUCUCUCUCUUUCCUUUCUUUUCUCUCUCCUUGUUCAUUUUUUAAUCAUUCUUUUCUCUGUUUCAUCAUUAAUUCUCACCCUCUAUCUCUUUCAUCUUUAUCUCCCUAUUUACACAAUUCUACCAACCCUAUUCUCUCCCUCUCUCUGUUUUUCUAAACUUCCACCUUCAUCACAGUGUUUUUCUCAUUGGUGUUAAAUAAUUCAUCAUCACCAUCAUCAUCAUCAUAUAAAAAGUAAAUAAAUAUACAAAAUGCAAUCGCUUGAAUCAGUUUCCCAGAAACUCAUGAGAUUAGAUCUACAAGUUAAAAAAGAAAACGCGUGCCAUAGACUAGAGAAUGAUAGUAUUAUGGCCGCUCACUGUUUAAGUCCUCGACCUCGAAUUCGGGCCUUACCCAUUGACACCAAUUAUUACGGAGCAAAUGGUAGAGCCUCAGGUAGGACCAGCUCACCAUCUCGACCAAUGAAACAACCAAAACCCCUUCUAUUUACAAGUGAUCCUUCCACUCCGUUGAAUAUUUCAUCUUCAUCUAGAUCCACAAAUAAGCCAAAUUUAAGUGAUCGAUUCACCAGAAAUUGUACACUUCAAGUUAACGGAAAGACUUAUAAAUGUGAAAUGGAGGAUCUAGAGUUUAUCUGUGAUCUUGGUUUUGGCUCUUGUGGUCAAGUAACUGAAAUGAAACACAAAGAAUCAGGAACAAUAGUCGCAGUCAAGCAAAUGCGACGAAGCGGCAAUGACGAGGAAACCAAACGAAUAGCUAUGGAUUUAGAUGUUCUUUUAAAAUGUUCGUCUUGUAAAUAUAUUGUCCAAUGCUACGGUUAUUUGAUAUGCAAUUCAGAAGUAUGGAUCUGUAUGGAAAGAAUGACCACUUGCUUUGAAAAGCUUCUUAAGAAGUUAAAUCCACAAACAGAUGAUGAAAAUCCGAAGAAUAAGAAACGAGGUGUACCUGAAGAUGUUCUCGGUGCAGUUGCAGUCGCCACUGUGAAAGCCUUGAAUUACUUGAAAGAGAAACAUGAUGUAAUUCAUCGUGAUGUUAAACCCUCCAAUAUUUUGAUUAAUAUGAAAGGUGAUGUCAAACUGUGUGACUUUGGGAUCAGUGGAAAACUAGUUAACUCCAAGGCGAGAACAAGACAAGCGGGUUGUGCCGCUUAUAUGGCGCCUGAAAGAAUUGAACCUCCAGAGCCUUCUUAUGACGUAAGAGCCGAUAUCUGGAGUCUGGGAAUAACUUUAUUAGAACUUGCCACCGGUGAGAAUCCUUAUCCAGGCUGUCAAACAGAUUUCGAAGUACUAACCAAAGUUAUGAUCGCCCCACCGCCAAGGUUACCUGAAGAUGGUAACUUUAUGCCACAAUUACGACAAUUUAUCGACUCAUGUUUAAUUAAAGAUUUUAGAGCAAGGCCAAAAUAUAAAGAGCUAUUGGCCAGUGACUAUAUUAAAUAUUUCGACGAUAAAGAAGUUGACAUUACACCCUGGUUGGCAUUGGUUUACGAAGAAGACAAGAAAUAAUUUUUGGCAGCAACGACUUCAUCAUCUUCAUCAUCAAUUCCAUCUUCUUUUCCUUUCCCUCUCUGUCUCAAUAUUCACCAUUAUCACAAUCAUCAAUUUCAUCAUUCUACAACAACAGUCGAGAUCCGAAUUUACUUUGAUUUUAGUGACUAAAUCAUCAAAACCAGAGAAAAUGAAAGCUGCUGUUUUUUGAUUCAAUACCAUCACACAACUAAAUGAGCAAUAACAUUUGUCAAACUUUGCUGUCAAAUGUAAAUCCAAUCAUCGAAUCAACUAAUAUACAAAAUUGGAUUUAAAAUAACGAGUUAUAGUUAAUAUAAUCAAACGAUUGUCCAAAUGCCGAUGAUCACAGAGUUGUACAAAUUUUCAUAGUUGAUUGGGUUCGAAACAAAGGCGAAGGUCAACCAACCAGCGAUUCCCAAGCACGUUAACGGAGUUGCGAUAAGAAAGAAAUAAAGAAGAGGAAAAAACGCCUUACGUGUAGUGCAUAACCAACGAAUCCCCAAUUUUCGACCUUGUUCAUCAGGUCGGUUGUCGCUUCUCUCGUCGUUUUUUGAACCAACCAUUGUCUCCAACGGGUUUUGAUAACUUCGUCUUGUUCAUUGAACUCACGAUAUUUAUAUGGUGACAUUACAAUCAGUCAUUAAAUGGACACUCGAUUCACCCAACAAUCGACAAUCAAUCAAAUGAACUUUUGAUUUCCAAGAAAAGUUUUCAUUCGGUUUGUAAGAUUGGCGACGAAAGAUAUUGAUUAAAUUUCUAAUAUCUAAUUAAUUAAUCUCACAUCUUUCAGAUCGGACACAUAAUUAACACAAUUAACAUCAUUAGACAAUUAAAAUAUAAUGAUUAUAACUAAUGAUUAACAA